AUGAAUCGCAUAGCGCCUAUGUUAUUUGUAGCCUUCGUCCUUCAAAAGGUAUGGGUGCAAGCCUGUGUCUUUUACAACAGACGAGCAAGUGACGCAGCCCAAAUACCCAAAAGAUUCUUUACCGUCUUGCUUGGGAGCCAUUCCAGGCAGCAAGGAGAGAAAGGACUGAAGGAAGAAAUUGAAACCAUCUGCAUGUACUCUCAAUUUGUAAAGGACAAAUUCGAGACUGACAUUGCCAUCAUAACACUGAAAAGACCUGUGGAAUUUUCAGAAACCAUUAAACCAGUUUGUCUGUCCGACAUCAAUGACAAUCCAGAUUGUGACGUUCCCAUGUAUGUUGCUGGAUGGGGAUACACUGAACCGGUCAUGUGGAAUAACCAGUCUUUGUCUGAAGAUAUGGACGGGUCUCAUGCCAAAGAAGAUUUGAUGACAGUAAAAUCCGGCUCCGAGAAACAAUCCCAAGAAGUAACUGAAGACACAACCGAGUCAUAUGAAGACUACUAUGACCCCGGUACGGCGCCAGUUUCCCCGGCCAAAAAUACGUUUCCUGAUUUGCUCCAACAAGCCCGAGUUCAGUUAAUCCCAAAUGAGGAAUGCGAUAAGCUGUAUAACGACUCGUCACUUCAUGGAAACAUCGUUUGCGCUAUGCACGACUUUGGAUCUAUAUGCUUGGGCGACAGCGGAGGCCCGCUGGUGUACAAGACAACAGAUGGCCGCUGGACCUUGAUGGGACUAAUAACCGCUGCCGAGAUGCCAUGCAACGUCACCGAUCUCCCGAUGUACUUCGUUAGAAUUAAGCCCUUCAUGGACGACUUCAUCCUUCCGUGCGUUCGAGAUCCUAACAAUUGCACAUGCAAGCCAGCAAAUGAUACAAAAUCCAGCAUUUAUUAUUAGUGUGUUUUAGGAAAAUCUAAA